AUAAAAGUCAUUGGAGAUGUGAGUGAAUGGCUACAAGAGAGUCAAGCACACAUGGAAGUUCUCUACUAUGCCUUCUUUCUGAGCUCAUUACUCAUCCUCUUCCUCAACCUGAAGUUCAAGAAAUCAAAUAAGCUCCAAAAAGGAUGCAAGGAAGCCCCGGGGCCCUGGAAUCUCCCCGUCAUAGGCAAUCUCCACCUAUUUGCUAGCCGACGGCCUCCUCACCAGUCCUUUCGUGACCUCUCCGCGGUCUAUGGGCAAAUUAUGCGUCUUAAACUUGGUGACAUCAAGAUUGUCAUCAUUUCCUCCGCAAAGGCCGCUAGAGAAAUCAUGAGAACCCACGACGCCGACUUCGCCACUCGUCCUCUCAACGACUCAAUUCGCGCUAUCUUCUACGGCAGCAACAAUAUCUCAUUCGGCACUAGCGAUGAAUUCUGGCGCCAAAUGCGUCGACUAUGCAACAUGGAGUUGCUCAGUAUAAAGCGCGUUCGCUCUCUCAGGGCGAUAAGAGAGGUCGAGGUCUCUCAUCUUAUCCAACACAUAGGAGCUUCAUCAGGUACUGUUACCAACCUCAGCAGUAAGAUGGUGGAGACCAACAACAACAUCAUGGCCCGAGCAGUCAUUGGUGAUCGAUGCGAUGACCAAAACCUCUUUCUUUCGGCGCUGGAUGAUGCAGUGGAGAUUUUGUCAGGAUUCACCAUCGUGGAUCUGUUCCCCUCGGUGCCGUUCUUAGGUCGUAUCACCGGAUUUCAGCAAAAAUUUGAGAAAUGUCGAAUAAACUUGGAUCUAAUGGCUGAAAAAAUAGUUGAAGAACACAAGAAGAAGAGGGCCAAACACUUUUCUAAUAAUGAUACUGAGAAGUUGAAGGAAGAAGAUCUAACUGAUGUUCUUCUGAGGGUUCAACGGGAAGACAGCCUUCCAUUUCCCCUCACCAACGACAACAUAAAGGCUCUAAUCAAUGAUAUUCUCAUGGCUGGGACUGACACAACUUCAAGAACCCUGGAAUGGGCAAUGUCGGAGAUGAUUCAAAACCCGGCGAUUUUGGAAAAGGCACAGAGGGAGGUCAGGGAAUUCGUCAGCGACAAUGGCGGGCUACGAAAGUUGGUGGAUGAGGAAUUGAUAAGUGGUAAACUAAGUUAUUUGCAAUUAGUGAUUAAGGAGACGCUUAGACUGCACCCUCCCGCGCCACUACUGCUGCCCCGAGAAAAUCAAGAGACCAAAGAGAUUAUGGGAUAUGUAAUACCAGCCAAGACGAAGGUAUUGAUUAACAUGUGGGCGAUAGGAAGGGAACAAAAAUAUUGGGGUGAUCCUGAAAAUUUUCGUCCAGAGAGAUUCGAGGAGAACCCUGUAGAUUUUAAGGGUGCACACUUUGAAUAUGUGCCAUUCGGUGCAGGCAGGCGGAUAUGUCCUGGGAUGCAAUUUGGGUUAUUCACGUUGGAGAUAAUAUUGGCUCAUUUGCUCUACUAUUUUGACUGGAAGUUUUUGGGAAAGAAAGGGGAGAUGUUGGACAUGAGAGAAGCAUUUGGUGUCAUAUUAAAAAGGGAAACUCCUCUUUGUUUGAUUCCCACUCUUCGAUUUCCUAUCCUACCAGCAUGACCGUAGCAUUUAUGGAUGAUCUUAUGCAGUUGCAGAAUUGUACUGAUGCGUGGGCCGAAGAUUUGACGAAGAGGAAAAUAUUAUAUUGUUGUGAGUGGAAAUAGAAAGUAGGCGACCUGUUUCUUUCUACUGUGAAACUUUUUAUGCUGAAUAACUUUCUUUUUUGUUAAUUUUGGUCCAUAUUAUCAUAACUAAAAAAUAAUUGGGGGGCAUUUA